CUGUUCUGCCUGGCACUGGGGUAGAGAAUGUGAAGAGGGCACAGCUUAUCAAUCUGUGACGCUAGCACAGUCACUGUGGUGAUCAUGAGCAGACAUGUGGACGAGCUAUAUGCACACACAAUACCCUGCCAAGAUGUCAACAACACUACUUCUCUCACUACAGUGAGUAUUACACAGUGGAAGUCUCUGCUUCUUUAUGGUUGGGUCUAUGCUGUCUUUCUGCCUCCAGCGUGAAGUCAGGAUCUUCUACCAUCUACACUGAGAAGAGGUUCAUCCCUGAAAGCCACUUUCACAUUUUGCAUGAAAGGAAAUUUCCUUGAAGUUGGAAUAUUUUUACGUGAAACAACAUCUCUUCUACAAAAUGAAACAACAAGACCAAACAACUUCCAAACUAACAAUUGUAAUGCAUUGACUCAGGAUGUCUGAUGGGAUACACAUGGACAGACACCAAGUGAGUAACUGUUUUCAAAGAAGUUGAGUUAGCAUAGUUGUGGCAAAUAAUAGAAAACCGUGACUGUGAAAUACUAUUUGUCAAGAUUAGUUUGAAUCCUCUUAUAAGGUUGUAUUUUAAUCAUCCACCCAAAUUCUGCAUAAUCUUUAUACAAGGUGUCAGUCUGGUUUUGGGCCUGCUGAGGUGUAGCCACUGCCCAUUGUCAUGCCUGAGAUGCAGACCCUCUACCAGCCCCACCACACCAUUCGUCACACCCCAGGUCUCUACCUGGAACCCACCCUGAUGCGGAGGCGUGUCCUGGAAGAUCAAGUGGAGCUGUGGUGGUUCAGAGAGCCACGCCAAUCCCUGUUGUGCUACUGUGCCUCGGUAGCCCUCAUACUGGGGCUGGGCCUGGGUGGCGUGGGGCUCCUCUCCACCUCCACCAGCCUCUCUGGGGAGUGGCGCCUUGGGGUGGGCACUACGCUCUGCCUCUUAGCCCUGGCUGUUCUGCUCAAGCAGCUUCUUAGCUCUGCCAUCCAGGACAUGAACUGUGUGCGCAGUCGACGUCGGAUCAACCAGCUGAAGAGCGGCGGCAGGGCUGACCCGGCACUGAUCUUUGCUGUCGGGCUGGCAGUGAUGCUCUGUGGGACGGUGCUUCUCUGUGUGGCCACAAUCGGCAGCCAAGAUUAUGACAGCAAGGAAAUGUUAUUGUCUAGUCUGGUGCUGAUGGCUGCAGGGGCAGGCAUGGCUCUGGCUGUAGUGGUCUACAGUGUGCUCAUCUACCUUAAAGGAAGACGAGAACAGAGGAGGAGGAUGAUGAUGAGAAUGAGCAGACCAAGGAGGCUGCGGAGUCGAGCUGUCAGGGUCUCAGGAGGACAGAUGAGCCAGCCCAGGAGAGAGACAUCCUCCAGCAGGACAAGCCUGAUCUGAAAGGACUAAAUUGGCAGAAUGUCUCAGAGAAAAAGGAUCAAAGAGUCUGUGAAAUGAAAGAUUAGAUGAACUCUGUCUAGCAGAUGUACAAUAAGCAGAACAAAUUUACAAAGAGAUGAAUUUAGGUAGAUUUAAUCUUGGACUUCACAGUGGUUGGGGCACAUGUCCAGUCUUUUGUUACCAUUAAAAUAACACUAUGUCUAUGAUCAUCAUCAAAAGAAUAUCUGCAAAUAAUGUGCAACUGAACAAUAGAAUGUUGCAACACGUUCUUUCAAAAAUGGCUCAAUAAUCUGAAUGCACCAUUUUGAUACAUCUGAGUAGUUAUGGUUGAAAGUGAAGACUCAGUAAGUGUUGACAUCAAAACAAAACUUUUUAAUAACUGUGUUGCGUAUAUUUUCAGUGUUGAUAAUAUUUCUGUUCUCUACCACUGACUCAAAGGUCAAGGUUGGAAAGGUGAAUGAAAGAAUGAAUGCAUAUGAAAUUGGAAUUAGAAAGAAUUCAUUUUUGUUUUUGCACUUUACAAACAAAUGCAUCAAAAUACUCUUUUAUAUCUUACAUCAUGCCUCUCACACACAUCAGAUACGUUUACACUGAAAUCCAUACCUUUCUGCACAUUCAGACUAAUACAAAGGUGAUGAUGUAUCAAGUUGUUUCACCUUUUUCUUGUUGGUUCAGAGCCAAAAUAUAAUCAACCAACCUUGUAACUUGAUUGACAGGCUAAUAGCUCAUUUGCAGGGUAUGAAAAGCAACUUCCAAAAACUUGCAGAUGGAUAUACACAUAUUCAUUAAAAAAUUAAAAAAAGAUUUCAGCUUUAUAUAUAUAAUAUAUUGUCAAAUGUGACGUCAGCAAGUUGUUGCCAGCUUUGAACGUCUAUACCUUUCUUUAGUCACGUCGGUCAUUUGUUUAAAGAACGUUACAUGUUUCAGUCUAACAAAGUUUGCUGAAUCUGCCUUUGUGCACCCAGCCUACGUAUAUGAUGAGAUGUGAACUACCAUACUGUACUCAAAUGAACUCCACGACAAGCAGUAACAUUUUUCAAAGAAAUCAAUUAACUUUCAUUAUUACUUUCAUUGUAUCCAUCAUCAAACGCUUCUCCUGCGUACAGGGUCGCGGGGGAGCCAAUCCCAGCUACUUACAUUGCAUCAUACUAUUUAAAUAUGCUCAUGUUGGACACAAGUCCAGUCAUUAUUUCAGCUUCUAGAGGUUUUGACUACUGUGCACUUCAGCAGUUCCAAAGCUAUUGGUCUGGACCCCUCCAAGGGGUCACAGGAUAAUCUUGGCUGCAAAGAUUCAUUGGAACAGGAAAAAAGGAAAAAAUAGUUUUCUUUCUUUAAACGUUGUUUCUUUUCUUGUGAUAUCUGUAGUUUUGCCCAGCAAAACUAUAUUGGACAAUAUGUCUUAUUUAAACAAUUGUUUAAAUAAACAAUUGUUUAAAUAAGACAAUUUAAUAAUUUAAAUAAUUGUUUAAAUAAGACAAUAUUAUGAUCCUUUUUGAUGGGAACUUUCACUCUGGUGGAAACUUUCACAGUUCAUAGACAUAUGCAAGGCGUGACAAGAGGUUCCAGACUGAUUCAUUUAAAGGGGGCACAAGCCAGAAAGGUUCUGUUCAACUGUCAAUCAAGUUCUCUACAGUGUCAUUUAUUUUUUGUUGUAAACCAGCUGUUUUUGAUGAAGUCUCCCUUUAUCUAAUCACGCUAUAGUGAACUCAAGGUCAUCAUCGCUGUCUUCUAUCCCUUCCUCCCCCUCCUCCACCUCCUCCUCCCCCCCCUUUCUUUCUCUCUCUGCCCUGUCUUUCUCACUGGUCUGGAUAUAGUUAUCCUCAAUGAAGCCAUCAUCAUCAUCAUCCAGUCCUCUCGGAGUCCCUC